AUGCCAGCAUAUAACAGAAACGAACGCCGUAAGUCGAUGGCCGAGCGCCGUCCUAGUGCUUCGUAUGCCCCGCUGAAGAUUCCCCAUUUGACAGGUUUGGAGAAACCCAAUGAGCAUUCAUUGAAGCUCGAUCACUGUGACAUUUUGAUUCUCGGUACGGGUCUUGUGGAGUCUAUUUUGGCUGCUUCAUUGGCCUGGCAAGGCGUGGAGGUGCUUCACAUUGACCAUAAUAACUACUAUGGCGACUCUUCUUCUACAUUGACCAUUGACCAGAUUAAGAAGUGGUGUGUGGAAGUGAACCAGGGCAAAGUACGUCACUUCCUGGACGCUCAGAUUUAUAUCCCUGGUGGUAAGCGGACUAACGAGUUCAACUCCAAGGACUAUGGCAUUGAUUUGACGCCUAGAAUCGUCUUCUCCCAGCUGGACCUCUUGGCUCUAUUGAUUAAGUCGAGGGUCUAUAAGUACUUGGAGUUCCAGAGCUUGCUGAACUUCCAUGUUUUUGAAAAUGACAACUUCAAGAGCAACAUCUCGAACACCACCAAAGAGCAUAUCUUCACAGACCAGCUGUUGUCCUUGACUACUAAGAGACUGUUGAUGAAGUUCCUCAAGUUCGUCCUUCAGGACAACAAUGAUCCAGACAAGAAACAGUUAUUGUUGGAUAACUCUCAGGUUCCUAUUGAGGAGUUUUUGACCAACACUUUCGGCUUGAAGCUGCCUCAGCUGGACGAGCUUAUCUAUUCGAUCGGUCUCGCUAACAGAAACGGCACCAGAACCCCAGAAGCUGUGGCUCGUAUCAAGCGUUUCUUGGUCUCAUUCGAUGUGUAUGGUAACUUCCCUGUAAUGGUAUCGAAAUACGGCGGUCCCGGCGAAAUCUCCCAAGGUUUCUGCAGAAGUGCUGCUGUCGCUGGUACCACUUACAAGCUCGACACCACGCUUGUUGAUUUUGACCCACAGCUCAAGAUUGCCAAGUUCAGUGAUGGCUCACUGGUCAAGAUUCAAGAAAAGGUGGUUGCAGCUCCAACCCAAGUUCCAAAGUUCUUGGCCACUUCAUACAAGGAAGCUUCUGAGAAAUUGCAUCCAUUCACCGUGACAAGACUCACUACUAUCGUCAGAAAGGAUUGCAGAGAAUGGAUGUCUGAGAAUGAGUCCUCUGCGGUGGUUGUUUUCCCACCUGAGUCUUUGCCUACUCACAACGCUCACACAGUUCAAGUUGUGAUCCAGAACGGUGGAUCUGGUGUUUGUCCACAAGGUCAAUCUGUUUGGUACUCUCACACUUGUGAGCAGAAUGCUGAAAAGGCAAAGAAGGACUUGGAAAGUGCUUUCGAGAAGAUGGAGAAUGCUAUCUUAAGAGAGAGCGCUACUAACCUUGAGAACUUGCUCGACAAGAAGGACUUUGUCGUUAAUGACAGAGGUACUCCAAUGCUUGUCAAUUCAUUCAAGCUUGGUGAGUCUUUGCAGAGCUUUGUUCCUAAGGAGACUUUGGAUAUCGUUUGUAAGUUUGGAUACGUUCAAACUACAUAUGUCAACCCAGACUUGUCAAACGUCUUGUCUUCGUCCAAUGCCACCAACAACAUCACACAGGCAACAGUGUCUGAUACAGAUGACAUUAUGUUCCUGAACAUGCCAUCUUCAGAAAUCAGUUACGAUGGUAUUAUCAGCGAAGUGAAGAUGUUGUACAAGAGAAUUACAGGCAGUGACGAAGAUUUCUUCGAUGUCGACUUUGAAGAUGAAGACGACGAAUAUGAAAGAGCGGCUGCAUCCACAUCUGCAGUCAUUGACAGCGAGCUGGACAUUAAUGACGAUCUGGACUACGACUCUGUCCACCAUGAGCCCUUUGGUGCUGGAGCGAUGGAAUUAUAG